AUGGCUCUAAGCUACAGCUCAAACUGGACAUUUCAGCACCUCAAUCCAGACGUAGGUAUAUUCCCACAAACACAACCAGAGCUAUCUUCAGAGCUCUUGGCCUUUCACGACGACUUUGCAGUUUCAGACACGUAUAUUGAUCCAUUCUUUGAGCAGGAAGAGUUGUUCUACUCAGACAACUACACCUAUCUCAUCCCAUACCUUUCUUCUGAAUCCAUUUGCUUUAACUCCCUCACCCCAGAACUCUGUACACCCCAAGAUUUCGAGCCAUAUCAUUGUCUAAAACGCCAAAAGUUCGGUGAAGAUGACUACUCCGAUUUUCCACCUUACUAUAAGUUUGUUCCGAAUCCCCCGAUUCUACAAGAAGUGUCACCGGAACUGCUUGUUCCAUUGCCGGAGUUUCAGAGUCCACUGGUUUAUGAUGGUGGAAGUGUUGGAAGUGCAAAGAAACCGAGUGGAGGGACCUUGUCGGCGCAGAGCAUCGCUGCACGGGAGAGGAGGAGAAAGAUAAGUGAUAGGACUCAAGAGCUUGGGAAACUUGUUCCUGGUGGCCAGAAGAUGAACACUGCUGAUAUGUUCGAAGCCGCUUUCAAGUACAUCAAGUACUUGCAGGCCCAAGUUGGUAUUCUCGAAUUCAUGGGGUCAAUUCAGGACAAUGAUGAAGCUCUGUGUGCUCAAGAACUCCAAGUUCUUCUUGGAUCUCCUUUUGUUCAACAGAAGUUGUACUCAGCAGAGAAGUGUUUGGUCCCCAAGAAAUUUGUUCAAAAUCUAGCAGAAGAUCCUGAACUUCAAUCGGACACUCAGGUCUUGAAAGGCAUCAAUCAGUUGCUUAAAACUGGUGGCUAA